CGAUAGAAGUCUUUUCCUACCAAACCCUCCUUUUUGAUACGAUAUGAUGAGCUUCACCUGCCUUUUUCCAAUGUCCUACCAAAUAUUUAGAGAUUAUUUGUUAUUUAUACAUUUGGUUUCUCUCUGAGCUCCAUUGCUCACCAACCAACCCCUCUUUUGCGUCUUCUCUCUCAAGAUAAAUAAGAUGGCUCAAGAAGGUCGAAACAUCAUCGAUGAGCAGGUUGUUGUUGGAGAGGAGAAAGGUUCUGUGAGAUUGGCCACACUAAACCGCCCUCGUCAGCUAAAUGUCAUCUCUUCUGAAGUGGUCCUUAAGCUUGCAGAAUAUCUUGAAACAUGGGAGAAGGACGACAAAACAAAGCUUAUACUGAUCAAGGGUGCAGGGAGAGCUUUCUCAGCAGGUGGUGAUCUAAAGAUGUUUUAUGACGGCCGUGAAUCAAAGGAUUCUUGCCUUGAGGUUGUUUACAGGAUGUACUGGCUUUGCUAUCAUAUCCACACUUACAAGAAGACUCAGGUUUCUCUUGUCAAUGGAAUAUCGAUGGGUGGAGGUGCAUCAUUGAUGGUCCCAAUGAAGUUCUCUGUUGUGACAGAGAAAGCUGUAUUUGCAACUCCAGAAGCAAGUAUUGGGUUUCACACUGAUUGUGGCUUCUCUUACAUCCAUUCACGUCUUCCUGGUCAUUUAGGAGAGUUCUUGGCUUUAACUGGGGCAAGAUUGAAUGGCAAAGAACUGGUAGCAAUUGGCAUGGCAACACAUUUUGUUCCUUCUGCUAAACUGGCUGAUCUGGAGGAACGGCUUGUGAGUUUAGACUCUGGAGACAAGGAUGUAGUUCGAUCCACAAUUGAAGAGUUCUCUGAGAAAGUAGACCUCGACAAAGACAGCAUCCUUAAAAAGCGGUCAAUAAUUGAUGAGUGUUUCUCAAAAGAUAGUGUGAAGCAAAUCAUACAAGCAUGUGAAGCUGAAGGGGACAAAGAAGGAAAUGAGUGGAUAACUCCAUUCAUCACAGGUCUUAAACUAUCAUCUCCCACAGCGGUGAAAAUGAAGCUACGAUCGAUACGUGAAGGUAGGAAACAAACACUGAGUGAUUGCCUGAAGAUGGAGUUGAGGAUCACCGUGAAUAUCAUGCGGAGGACGAUAUCCAAGGACGCGUAUGAGGGUAUAAGAGCUUACGCCAUAGACAAAGACAAUUGCCCCAAGUGGAAUCCAGCGACGUUAGAUGAGGUAGAUGACGAGAAAAUCAAAUUAAUGUUUGAGCCCUUGAGGGAUGAACUUGAGCUUCGUAUUCCUAAAACCGAAGAGACCAGGUGGGGAGGCAAAUACUACUAGACUUCAGGUUAUGCAUAUGAGAGUACAAGAAUAAAAGAGAACAGAAGAUCCUAUAUGUUUUUCUUGUUUCAAGUGUCAAGACUUUUAUGCAUAACUUAGAAACUCCACCUAGUAUUACUGUCUUAUUUACAUAAUAAUGUGUUGUUGCUUCAUGUUCAAACACUAUGCAGUGAUAUGGUUUAAUAAGGGAUGUUAUGUCUGGAA